AAGCUCCGCCUCCCGCCGCGCGCAGGCGCGGGGGGCCUCAAACCUGGCCGGGUUCGCGGAGCUGCCCGGGCUAGUCCGCCGGAAGCUCGGCCCAGCGCCUGGAAGGGAGCGGCCCGAGCGGGAACGGACGCGGCCCGGUCCGCGCGGAAUAUUGAAGAAUGUUUGUUCCCAGAUCUUUAAAAAUCAAGAGGAGUUCUAGUGAUGACCUCAAAAGCUGCAUAACUAAGAAAAGUAAGCCAGAAGCAGAAGGCCUUCAGCUAGAAGAAGACAGAGAUACUCAGGUUCAUGCUUCAGUUACUAAAGAAACUGUCACAGUAGACAGGCCCAGCAGUGCAUCAAACUCCUUACCCAGCCCUUCUCCACAGUUGCCCGAGGGUGUGAAGGACAGCCACCCUUCAGAAGAGCCCAUAAAGUCGUUUUCCAAAACCCAGCGGUGGGCAGAGCCUGGGGAGCCCGUCUGUAUUGUCUGUGGUCGCUACGGAGAGUAUAUCUGUGAUGAGACUGAUGAAGACGUGUGUAGCUUGGAGUGCAAAGCAAAACAUCUGCUGCAAGUUAAGGAAGGGGAAGAAUCAUUAAAACCCAGCAGCCCGCAGAGAACUGGUUCCGAGCCAGAGUCCUCGCUGGAGGCCUUUUAUGUCUACAAAGAGCACCCCUUUAUUGUGACCCUAAGGGAGGACCAGAUUGAAACCCUUAAACAGCAGCUAGGAAUCUCAGUUCAAGGACAAGAAGUUGCCAGACCCAUUAUUGACUUUGAGCACUGUGGCUUCCCUGAGACCUUAAAUCAGAACUUGAAGAAAUCAGGCUAUGAAGUGCCAACUCCCAUCCAGAUGCAGAUGAUUCCUGUAGGGCUUCUGGGAAGAGAUAUUCUGGCCAGUGCAGACACUGGCUCAGGAAAAACAGCUGCUUUUCUCCUGCCUGUUAUCAUCCGAGCUCUAUUUGAGGAUAAAACGCCAUCUGCACUCAUUCUCACACCAACAAGAGAAUUAGCCAUUCAGAUAGAGAGGCAAGCCAAAGAACUGAUGAGUGGCCUGCCACGCAUGAAGACAGUGCUUCUUGUGGGGGGUUUGCCCUUACCCCCACAGCUGCAUCGCUUACGACAGCACGUGAAGGUUAUCAUAGCAACCCCUGGGCGACUUCUGGAUAUAAUAAAACAGAGCUCUGUAUCACUUGGUGCCAUAAAAAUUGUGGUCGUAGAUGAAGCUGAUACCAUGUUGAAGAUGGGCUUUCAACAGCAAGUGCUUGACGUGUUGGAAAACACUCCUAGUGAUUGUCAGACCAUCUUGGUUUCUGCCACGGUUCCAAGCAGCAUAGAGCAACUGGCAGAGCAGCUUCUACAUAACCCUGUGAGGAUUAUCACUGGGGACAAGAACCUGCCCUGCUCCAGUGUGCGGCAGAUCAUCCUGUGGGUAGAAGACCCAGCGAAAAAGAAGAAGUUAUUUGAAAUUCUAAAUGAUCAGAAACUCUUUAAGCCUCCCGUGUUAGUGUUUGUGGACUGCAGACUUGGUGCAGAUCUGUUGAGUGAGGCGGUUCAGAAGAUCACAGGUCUAAACAGCACAUCCAUCCACUCAGAGAAAUCUCAGGUGGAAAGGAGGAACAUACUGAAGGGAUUACUGGAAGGAGACUAUGAGGUCGUGGUGAGCACAGGGGUCCUGGGCCGAGGCCUCGACUUGGUCAACGUCAAGCUGGUUGUGAAUUUUGACAUGCCUUCCAGUAUGGAUGAGUAUAUUCAUCAGGUUGGUAGAGUCGGGAGACUCGGUCAGAAUGGAACUGCAAUCACUUUCAUCAAUAACAACUCUAAAAGACUCUUCUGGGAUGUUGCCAAAAGAGUGCAGCCUACGGGAUCCAUUCUCCCCCCACAGCUGCUACACUCUCCUUACCUUCAUGAGCAGAAGAGAAGGGAACAGCAGAAAGACAAACAGACACAGAGCAACCUGGUCACGGGGGCAAACCUCAUGGACAUUAUUAGGAAACAUGAAAGGAGCAACUCACAAAAAUGACCUGGUUUGCCACUUCUGCUAGGUUUUAUGAUAUAUUAUAAGCAAAAUUUCUAAUAACUACUGUAUAAUUGAGUAAAUAAACAUGUACAAGGAACAGAAGAAUCUUGAAGAUUAUUUUAAAUUUAAUAAAAUUUGUAGAGCAAUAUUA